AAUACGCUUGGCAUCGACGCGUCCGAUCUCAGUUUGUGAAUCUAUACAUUUAUACGCUUGCAGAAAAAGUUCGUUGAUUGUUUUGCAAUUUCGUUAAGGAUGGAGAAAAGUUACACGCUCAGUCAGCAUUAUGAGGAAAAAAUUCGCCCUUGCAUCGAUAUUAUCGAUAAAUUGCGAUCUUUGGGAGUGGAGAAAGAUUUGGCGCUGCCUGCCAUCGCCGUCAUUGGAGAUCAAAGCUCGGGGAAAAGCUCUGUUCUGGAGGCAUUAUCAGGUGUAGCUUUACCCAGGGGCAGUGGCAUUGUCACAAGAUGCCCACUGGAGCUGAAGAUGAUUAGAUCUAAGGAUGAAGAAUGGCAUGGAGUAAUCAGUUACCAAAACUACAGUGAAGAGUUUGAUGACCCAGAGGAUGCUGAGGAAAAGAUCUGUGAAGCCCAGAAUAAGCUAGCAGGACCAGGUGUUAGUAUUAGUGAUGAGCUCAUCAGUCUGCAGAUCAAAUCUCCCAAUGUUCCUGAUCUCACACUCAUUGACCUGCCUGGGAUCGCACGAGUUGCAGUCAAGGGUCAACCUGAAAAUAUUGGCGAGCAGAUCAAAAGAUUGAUCAGGAAGUUUAUUACAAAGCAAGAAACAAUCAACUUAGUUGUGGUGCCGUGUAACGUCGACAUCGCGACCACAGAAGCGUUACAGAUGGCUCAGAAUGAAGAUCCUGCAGGCGAGAGGACUUUAGGCAUCUUAACAAAGCCAGACCUGGUGGAUAAAGGCACUGAAGAGACCGUGAUCGACAUUGUGCACAAUGAGGUCAUUAAUCUCACUAAAGGCUACAUGAUCGUCAGGUGCAGAGGACAGAAAGAGAUUUUGGAUGAGGUCACGCUCGGUGAAGCCACAGAAACAGAGAAGGCCUUCUUCAAAGACCAUCCCCAUUUCAGCUCGUUGUAUAAUGAAGGCUUUGCAAGUAUUCCUAAGCUGGCUGAGAAGCUUACAAAUGAGUUAGUUCAGCACAUUCAGAAAUCCAUGCCUCGCUUAGAGGAGCAAAUCGAAGCAAAGCUAGCUGAGACAGAGAAGGAACUGGAGAGAUAUGGUAAUGGACCUCCAUCAGAGCCUGCAGAAAGACUUAGCUUUCUGAUUGAUAAAGUUACAGCAUUCACUCAGGACACAUUUAACCUGGCAAACGGGGAGGAGGUUAGAUGUAAUUCAGAGCUCAUCAUUUUUCAAGAGCUUCGGGAUGAAUUUGCACGAUGGAAGAUGCUCUUGGAAACCUCUGGAAAUAAGUUCAACAAGAAGAUUGAAAACGAAGUUUUAAUUUUUGAAGCCAAGUAUCGAGGGAGAGAGCUUCCAGGUUUCAUCAGUUACAAGAUCUUUGAGAAGCUGGUCAGAGAACAGAUAAAAAAAUUAGAGGAACCUGCAUUGAAAACACUCAAGACCAUCUCAGAUGUUGUAAGAAAGAAAUUUACUCAAUUGGCCCAAUACAGCUUCGUUGGAUUCCCUAAUCUUCAUAAAAUAGCAAAGACUAAGAUCGAAUCCAUCAAGCAGGAAAAGGAAUCUCUGGCCGAGUCCAUGUUGAGAACUCAAUUCAAGAUGGAGCUUAUUGUUUACAGUCAAGAUGGCACAUACAGUCAAAGCCUUCAGUAUACAAAAGAGAAACUGGAGGAAAUCCAAAAAGGCAUACCACCAAAAUUUACAUUUAACCCCAGCAUUACACCUACAUUUUCUUUCGGAAACACAGGCAGCCAUGCCUCCUUGCAAGAGAUGAAGCUUCACAUACAGUCCUAUUACGCUAUUGCAAGCAAGCGUCUAGCUGACCAGAUCCCAAUGGUGAUCCGCUACCUGCUUCUCCAAGAGGCUGCGGUGGAGCUGCAGAGAAACAUGUUGCAAUUGCUGCAAGAUAAGGAUGCUGUAGAUGAUCUGCUUAAAGAGGACUGUGACAUCGGCCAGAAGCGGGAAAAUUUACUUAGCCGCCAAAGACGUCUAUUAAACGCACAACACCUCCUGAUAACCUUUGGUUAAUAUAUUCAAUUGCAAUAUUUUUAUGUUCACAUAGUAUCCUCUGUUCUCCACUUAUAAUUGGAUGCAAAAAUACAAGGGAUUAUCCUGCUUAAAUCCUGGAUAUUGAUAGGUUAAUAACAAACUAUGGCUGUUAUUGAUGGUUGCUGUUCAAUUUGAGUUUAAAAGGAUAACAAAAGACAGUGAUUUGCUACAGCUUACAGAAUCUGUUAUUAGUUUAUCACAUUUAGGAUUAAAUUUUUUCUUAUACUAAUAAAGUUAUAAAAUAAUCUAUGUUAUUUUUAGUUUUUCAUAUAAAAUAAACAAUAAGUGCAAGAGUG